CAAUUUGGAUGGGGUUUGGCAAUGGCACUAUACUGCAAGGCAACAAGGUGCAGAGGUCCUUCCAUACGCCGAGAAGCGGCUAACGGAGUCUGGGAUAGUCUACAAGCAGCACAAGUGGCGGAGUGGAUCAUUGGGAUCGAGAACGAGAAGGCUUCUGGGAAUAAGCAUAUACCACAGGACGCGUGGGAGAGAGGACUUGAGGUGAAGUGCAUAAAAGGACGUACAGAUGGAAUUUUGAGAGUAAGAGCGAAUCUGGUAUUUACAUGA